AUGGCACUGUGCUGCUUCUUGGGUCUCGCCUGCGUACGUCGCGAUCUUCAACUCCCGCACCAGUGCGUUUCGAAAACAAGAGAACAUACAUCGCUUCGAAAUGACUGGACUCGCGGACGUCCAUCCAAGCGAUGUCAAAAAGAGCGAUGGGCGACAUUCCCUCGGCGCCUACCCGCCGUUCAUCUGGGCGCCACGAGCAUCGCUUUCUCCCAUGCACUGCCUCACCCGUGCCGUGCAAUCUGGGAACACGACCAACGCUUUGAAAAAGUAGAGUUUCUACGGACCGGACGGCCGUGUCUCAGUGUCUACAACAGGCAACGUCGACAACGACUCGGCGAGCUUGGGAUGGAGCUGUGA